AUGUAUGUCAAAUGGUUUGAUACAGUAAUGUUUUACUAUGUGAUUUUAGUGAUUUUUGUGAAUGUCACUUUUUGUCAUUUUCAAAUUUCCCUCCGUUCCGUUCCCCAUACGUCCCGACGCUCGCAGAGGACGGAACCCAGAUGACAGAUGCUGGCAUCCGCCGGAUUACAUUGCCGGGGACACUGCAGAAGGGACAUAGCGGGAGCGCAGGACAAGGUAAGUGACCGAGGGAUCGCGGAGCAGCGCCGCAUGGUGUAGCUCGGGGUUACCGCUUGUGCUACACUCAGGAAUACCGCCAGGGAGCCUAC